GCAAAGCAGCCUACCAGCAAGAAAGCCAAGAAGGAAGCAGAGGAAGAUCAGCAGGAGGAAGCUGACGACAGCAACACAGUGCCUGCCAAGCCUGCUGUGGCUCGUCCCAAGCGCAAGCCACCAGCCGCAAAGCAGACAAAGGAGCAGAAGCCAAGUAAGGGAUCCAAGGGUUCAAAAGCUGACAAGAGUGAGGAAAGCCCCAAAGGGGAGGAAGAGAUCCACACCGAGAAAGAACCGUCGAAGACGGAUGAUAGUCAGGAAGCUGCUGAGAUUAGCAAAGAGACCAAGCAGGAAAAGAACACCAAGAAGGGUAAGGCCAAAAAGGCUGAGAAAGCAAAGGAUGACCAAGAAGAGGAGAAGAAGGAGCCAAAGAAGAGCGGGGCUCUUGGACGUGUGGGGAUGAGGGAUGUGUAUUGGAAGCACAUCGCGGAGUCCAAAAAAAGGUUGACGGAUGAAAAUCCCACCAAGAGCAAGUAUGAGAUCUUGGGUAUGGCCCGGGCCGAGUGGCAGACCCACCCGGAGCGUGUGAACAACAUGAAGAAUUUGCCACCUUCGGAGCUGUCCCGCCGACGUUUGGUUCCGUCCAAGCGACAGCGCAAGGUGCCCAAAGAUGAAGAAAUUGCCGAGGACGCCGAGGGUCCUGCCGACGAAGGACAUAUCGCUUCUGAUGCUCUCAAUGACUUCCCCCCCCAGAAAGUGGAUGAUGACGUCACUGAUGGUGAACCUGCUGAGUCUGAGUGA